AUGGAGCCUGCAGCACUACCGUUGCUCUGGUCCGUUGUCCCCUUAAUCAUCGUACUCUUCUUACUUGUCAUUAAAAUCUACACCUCGUCUCCGGCGGGAAAGCGGCUGCCGCCGGGGCCAUGGCAGCUGCCACUCGUAGGCAGCCUCCACCACUUCCUGCUGUCGCGCCAUGGCGACCUGCCGCACCGUGUCCUGCGGGAGCUCUCUCGCAAGCACGUCCCGCUCAUGCUGCUCCGCUUCGGUGCUGUGCCCACGCUGGUCGUCUCAUCUGCCGAGGCUGCCAGGGAGGUCCUCAAGACGCAUGACGCAGCCUUCGCCAGCCGCCACCUCACGCCAACGCUGGACAUCUUCAGCCGCGGCGGCCAAGACAUCCUCUUCUCCCCCUACGGUGACCUGUGGCGCCAGCUCCGCCGCAUCUGCCUGCUCGAGCUCAUGAGCGCACGCCGCGUCCUGUCCUUCCGCCACAUCCGGGAAGACGAGGUCGCCGCCUUGAUCGGCUACAUCACAGACGAGUGCGCUCGCGGUGGCGGCUGCACGGUGGUAGAAAUCGGCCAGCUGAUCACCCGCACGGUCAACGACAUCGUGGUGCGGUCGGCCGUCGGCGGACGAUGCCCGCGGCGGGACGAGUUCCUGCACGUGCUCGACCGGUCGGUGAAGCUUGCCGGUGGCUUCAACCUGUCUGACCUCUACCCAUCGUCAGCGCUGGCGCGCUGGCUCAGCGGCGCCCUCCGGGAGACCGAGCGGUGCAACCGCAAAGCGCGUGCGAUUAUGGACGAUUUCAUCCGCGAGCGCGUCGACGGUGCCGGCGAGAGCACGGAGGACCUUCUCGGGGUGCUGCUGAGGGUGCAGAAGGACGGUGGGGCGCAGUGCUCUCUGGACCUCACCACCGACAUCAUCACCACCGUGGUCCAAGAAAUGUUCGUAGCCGGGAGCGAGACCUCGUCGACAACGCUGGAAUGGGCCAUGUCGGAGCUGGUGAGGAACCCGCGCGUUCUCCACAAGGCCCAGGCGGAGGUGCGAGAGGCACUCCAUGGACGGAGCAAGCUAGUGGAGGGUGACCUCGCUGGCGGGCGGCUGAGCUACCUCAACUUGGUGAUCAGGGAGACAUUGCGGUUGCACGCACCGUUGCCCUUCCUGCUACCACGGCAGUGCCGGGAGCCAUGCGAGGUGAUGGGCUACCACAUCCCCGAGGGUACAAAGGUUCUCUUGAACGCCUGGGCCUUGGGCAGGGACGAUUCCUACUGGGAGGACGCUGAGGCGUUCAAGCCGGAGAGGUUCGAGGAGAGUGGCACCGCCGCCAUGGACUUCAAGGGCGGCCACUUCGAGUAUCUUCCCUUCGGGUCCGGCAGGAGGAUGUGCCCAGGCGUGGCGCUCGGCCUCGCCAACAUGGAGCUGCUGCUCGCCAGCCUCCUCUACCACUUCAACUGGGAGCUCCCCGGCGGCGGGAGACCGCAGGAGCUCGACAUGUCUGAGGCGUUUGGCAUCGCCGUCAGCAGGAAGUCCAAGCUCGUGUUGCGCGCUAUGGAGCAUAUCAGGUUCGAAAAUUAAUAGGUUUAGGACGCCGAUAACAUCCACACGUGUGGCAUUAGACGUCCGCCUACACACCGUGUGUGGUGUGAGCAGGAGGCAACCUAUAUGGGCAGUGUGUGGACAAACAUUAGAAUUGUCCAUACAUAUGGGCGUAGCUAUUCCGUGCUACACGCCCAACAAAUACUACUCAUCUUCAUUCCAUGCGUGUGCCACGAAGC